AAGCGUGGAGCGACCGGCCGCGCUGUGAGGAAGGCGGCGGGUCGGGCCGGGCCGCACCGGGACUGGACUGGGCCGGGCCGGGCCGCUCCGGAUAGAGAGAGAGAGGGAGGAAAGGGGAGCGCGGAGCUGCGGCUGGACCGGCCACGGCCGCCGCCAUGACGAACUUCAUCUCGGUGCAGCUGAAGAAGGCCUCGGAGGUGGACUUGGCCAAGCCGCUCUGCAAGUUCAUCCAGCAGAGCUACCCGGGCGGCGACGCCCAGGCCGAGCACUGCCGGGCCGCCGAGGAGCUCAGCAAGCUCCGCAAGAGCGCGCUGGGCCGCCCGCUCGACAAGCACGAGAGCGCGCUGGAAACCCUCCUCAGAUACUAUGAUCAGCUGUGUGCGAUUGAACCAAAGUUUCCAUUCUCUGAAAAUCAGGUCUGUGUAACAUUUACAUGGAAGGAUGCUUUUGAUAAAGGAUCACUUUUUGGAGGAUCUGCCAAACUGGCUCUGGCAAGUUUGGGUUAUGAGAAGACCUGUGUUUUGUUCAACUGUGGAGCGUUGGCAAGCCAGAUUGCAGCAGAACAGAAUCUAGAUAAUGAUGAAGGACUGAAAGCUGCAGCAAAGCACUAUCAGUUUGCAAGCGGUGCUUUCCAACACAUUAAAGACACGGUUUUGUCAGCCUUGAAUCGAGAACCUACAGUGGACAUCUCUCCAGACACAGUUGGAACCCUCAGUCUUAUUAUGUUGGCUCAAGCCCAAGAAGUCUUCUUUUUGAAAGCUACCAGAGAUAAAAUGAAAGAUGGUAUCAUAGCUAAACUAGCUAAUCAAGCUGCUGAUUACUACGGUGAUGCUUACAAACAGUGUCAAUAUAAAGAUACUUUGCCCAAGUAUUUUUAUUUCCAGGAGGUGUUUCCUGUUCUGGCUGCAAAGCACUGUAUUAUGCAGGCCAAUGCAGAAUAUCAUCAAUCUAUCCUGGCAAAACAGCAGAAGAAAUUUGGUGAAGAAAUUGGGAGGUUGCAGCAUGCAGCAGACUUGGUGAAAACAGUUGCCUCUCGUUACGAUGAAUAUAUAAACGUUAAAGAUCUGGUUGACAAAAUCAACCGAGCGCUUACAGCCGCCAAAAAAGACAAUGACUUCAUUUACCAUGACCGAGUUCCUGACCUGAAAGAUUUGGAGUCCAUUGGAAAAGCCAGUCUUGUCAAGUCUACUCCAGUUGCUGUUCCCCUCAGUCAGAAAUUCACUGACCUGUUUGAGAAGAUGGUUCCCUUGCAAGUUCAGCAAUCUGUGAGUGUUUAUAACCAGAGAAAGGCAGAUCUAGUAAACAGGUCAAUAGCCCAGAUGAGAGAAGCCACAAAUCUGGCAAAUGGCGUGUUGGCUUCCCUCAAUCUCCCUGCUGCUAUCGAAGAUGUGUCUGGCGACACCGUUCCUCAGUCUAUUUUGAACAAGUCUAAGUCUGUGAUUGAACAGGGAGGAAUUCAGACCGUUGAUCAGUUGAUCAAAGAUCUGCCUGAACUGCUACAAAGGAAUAAAGAAAUUUUAGAUGAAUCACUGCGGUUAUUGGAUGAGGAAGAAACUACAGACAACGACCUGCGAACAAAAUUCAAAGAACGCUGGCAGAGAACGCCCUCCAACGAACUCUACAAGCCUUUAAGGGCAGAGGGAGCCAAUUUCCAUAAUAUUUUGAAUAAAGCUGUGCAAGCAGAUGGCCAAGUUAAAGAGCGCUAUCAGUCCCACCGAGAUACAAUUGCACUUCUGUGUAAGCCUGAGGCAGAACUCAAUGCUGCCAUUCCUUCUGCCAACCCAGCAAAAACAUUACAAGGAAGUGAGGUUGUUAAUGUCUUAAGAACUUUGUUGGCCAAUCUGGAUGAAGUUAAGAAGGAGAGAGAGCAACUGGAAAAUGACUUGAAAUCUGUAAAUUUUGACAUGACGAGCAAAUUCCUAACUGCACUCGCACAGGAUGGUGCUAUAAAUGAGGAGGCUAUCUCUGUGACAGAGUUGGACAGAAUUUAUGGGAGUUACACACAGAAAGUUCAAGAGUCCCUAAAAAAGCAGGAAGAACUUCUCAAAAACAUUCAGAAUGCACAUCAGGAUUUUUCAAAGAUGAAACAAUCAAACAACGAAUCUAAUUUAAGAGAAGAAGUUUUGAAGAACUUAGCUGUAGCAAAUGACAACUUCGUGGAGCUUGUAGCCAAUUUAAAAGAAGGCACCAAGUUCUACAAUGAGCUGACAGAAAUCCUGCUGAAAUUCCAAAACAAAUGCAGUGACAUUGUCUUUGCUCGCAAGACUGAAAGAGAUGAACUGCUCAAAGAUUUGCAGCAAAGCAUUGCCAGGGAACCCAGUGCUCCCUCUAUUCCUCUGCCGACGUAUCAGACCACGCCAGGCGCAGGAACUAAGCCUGCUGCAUCGUCGGCUCCGACUCCAGCACCCAGAACCAUGGUGGGGACUAAACCGCAGCCACCGGCACGGCCACCACCCCCAGUGAUUUCUGCAGCAAGCAGUUCCCCUUCUGCAUCAGCACCCUCGGGGACAGCUGCAGCUCCUCCUGCUGCUCCUGCUGCUGCUCCUACUCCUACUCCAGGAGCCAGUGCCCCUGCAGCAAACACUGCACCUUCACAGGCACAGGGACCUCCGUACCCAACUUAUCCAGGUUACCCAGGGUAUUGCCAGAUGCCAAUGCCCGUGGCCUAUAAUCCAUACAUGUAUGGUCAAUAUAAUCUGCCAUAUGCACCCUCACCUGUCUUUCAAAACCCUGGACAAGCACCAUAUCCGCCAGCUCAACAACCUGGAUACCCUUUUCCUCAACAGCCUUUUUACCCUCAGCAAUAAUGUACCUGCAAAGAAGCUCUGCUUGUUAAAAUUGGGGAGAAAUUGGCAAUAAGCAUACUAAAAGUUUUAGCUUCGGUUAAUGUACCAUACUGAACUGUGUGCAGUCUAUAACUCCAGUUUAUUGUUAACCACUCAAAAAAUGUCUAGAUCAGUUCUUGAUUACACUAAACACUUCGAAAGAUCUGCUGCAGUGGUUUAGACUGUAGACUAACGCCAGAACUAGAGCCUAAUUCAGUGGUCUGAAACUGUACACUACAUGUUGGCUAGACCAAAAUGUUUCUUUGCAAAAAAUCCUAGAAGUAACAGAUGGGUUCAGAUGAGAAAAAGCGAAGCAGUGCGUGCGCUGGGUGUGAUAUAUUCUACAGAACCAUAUAGCGUUUCCUUCUAUUCUCUAUUGGUUUGUAUUUUUUUUGAGUUUAGUUAAAUAUGCUAUUUUGUCUAAUAAUCAAGGCCUUGUAAAUCGUCAGUAAACAAAAAAUAAAUUCCUUAAGAAUGGUUUAAAUACUUGGUAUUCUCAUUACCAUAAAAAUGUGUUUUGUGUGUCUGUAGAUUUUUUUCAUUUGUCCCUUGACUUGCAUAACAUAGAGAUGACCUCUCAAGUGUUUAGUCUUACAACUGAAUUUCCACCUCCUUUUCCUUGAUUCUCUAUUUUUGUGACAGAAUCUCGAAUGAACCAUUUAAAUGUUGGUAGGUGAAGUCUUGCAGGUAGAAUUUUCCUGUAACUUUGAAGUGUAUUUGAGUAAAAUAUGUUCAUUACAGUUUUAAAGGAAUGAUUACUCUCAUCUCCAGAAAACUUCUUAAAAGAAGGGAGGUCAGGGCCCCUCUUACAGGACCAGUGACUGGUUGGUCUAACCCACGUUUUUCCAAAGAAAUGUUGAUCAGAAAUGUGUUAUGGCUCAAAAUAGGGCAACUAUUGAUUGUUGGAGCUUUUCAGAUUGUUUUUAUAUGAUUGCUUUUUUCCUUUGAAAAAAAAAAUAAUGUAUUCCCUCAGGGAGCUUAUUAUCAGCGGAGAAACUUUUUGUUUUGGUGGGGAAAAAAAAAAUCUUGUAAAUUAAAGCUGAUUGAAUGUUUACUUUUGGAUCCAUCUUCUCAAGGGAUUAAUAACCUUGCACUACAUUUUACAUUAGAUAAUGAAGAAUAUAAUUUGUGGUUAAUGGCUUCUACCAAAUAUUUACUAAUCAUCUUUUAGUCUUUUUAUUUUUUAAACAUGUUUGUCAGAUGAGGGACUCUACAUUCCUUUAGCCCUUGACAUGAGUGAUGAGUUCUGUGGGACAGGGAAUUUCCUGAGUGCUUCAUACAAGAUGUUCUGGCCUUACAGAAUAGAUGUCACAAUACCUAUGUUAAAUGUUACUGCUCUGUUUUUUUUUUUUCCCUAUUUAAGUGCCUGAUUAAAAUAUCGAGGUAUAUUUUAGUGUAGGAGUUUAGAGGCUGCCAGUUACUGUAGCAUCUGGGUGGAAACCUCACUGGGUCUUGAAUACUCUUCCUUAUAAAGAAAGCAGCAUCCGUACCCAUUAUGAGCUCCUUUCUUUCUGUCUCGAGUUCUUCUUCACUGUGCCAUCACUCCGAUGACUUUGUAAGCACGACUUGUCUUUGAUACUCCCCAACCCCCCAUAGAAACAGCACAUCAAAAACGUUAACAUAAACAUCCCCUGUAGAACAUGAAUAUCUAAUUCUAAACAAAUUUAUUAGGCCUGUAGAAGCUCAGUGCUGUGGGGGAACAGGAUGAAGUAAGGGAAUACAGCACCAUCGAUACCAGCGUGCACAAGGACAGGUGCUUGGCUUUUCUUUAUCAAAACUGCUGAACGGGGUGGAGUGGAAACCUCUCCAAUAUUCUUCCCCCGAUGAGAAUACACAGGAGGCAAGGAAGGACAGUGAGGAAAAAAGCUAGGAAGGUAACUGUUGGGAACCAACAAUCAGAACCUGAUUUUACUUUUAACUGGAAAAACAGUAGUUUUCCACUAAUUUUCACUGUGUCGAUGUGAGCAAGUGCAAGUCUAAUGCAACCUUUUAAGUUCUAAAUUUCUAGUACACUAUGGCCUGUAGAUUUUUUUUUUCUCAGUUUGCACAUUAGAUGCAUUUGAGUUAUUGUGUAAGUAAGUUUGUUUCUAGUGCCUCGAUUUAUAAAACUUCCUUCAAUGCUGUAUAAAAAUGUAACUUGGUUCAAGGUAAAGAUUCCUAGAACUGAAAUUUCCUUUUAAGACUUGGUAGAUCUGGAAUCAUGGUUAAAACAUAUUUUUUUUCCAGUUGUGUUACUGCUUGCUUUAGUCUGCUAUUAUUUGAAUAUGUAUAGAAUUCUAUGCAUUAUGUUGAGCUUUCUCAUGACCAUUUUUCUCUCUUUUUAUUUUUUUUUUCUGAAGAGAACAGAAAAAUCCAGAGAUGUGUAUGUAUCUGCUUUUAAGCAUGCGACUGUCAUGACUUUGGUUGAAAUGUUAUCUUGUUCUUCUCUAGUUUAUUAAAAAAAAAAAAAAAAUCA